AGCCCUUUGUUCAACCACACCAGGCAUAUCAAUCAUAUAUUUCGUAUACAAACGAGUCAUAUUUAAACUGAAAAAAAUACUUUAAAUUCCAGUGGACAUAGUGGACGAACAUGUCCAAUCUGCAAGAUAUUCCGCUGGCCGACCCCGAAGGUCUGCCAGUGGCCGGCUCCGAUGUGACCCCCACACCCAAGUCCAAUUCGUUGAAGCGCUUCUUCAAAAUCAGCAAGAAGCCCCAGAUGCGUGAUCAAGUGGAGGACGUGAGCGAGUCCUCCUCCUCCGAGGACCCCAAGGAGCUGGGCAAGUCCAACACGAUAAGCCGUUUCUUCACCCGCUUGACGGGAGCCAAUAAGGAUGGUCAGGAACAAUCUAGCUCGAUACCCGACCCCGUGGAGCAGGAGAGACCACUACCUAAUGCGAAACCCACUAUUAAGACAUCAAUUUCGUCCUACUGGAAGAUUCUGUUCCAUCGCCAGAAGGCCCAACGCCAAAAUUUGGGCUUCGGACCGGAAAAGAACGCGGUGAACGAUCCGGAAGAGGUGCACGAGAUGCAGCCGGUGCACCAGGAGUCUGAACCCGAAUUUCAAUCGAAUGCCCAGGUAGAGGAGCAGCCCGCCAUCGAAGAGUACAGUACGGAUCCGGAGCCUCCAGAGCCAUUGCCCAAGAAAAGCGUUACCAACAAGCCGUGCGGGAAGGAAAUUCUCAGUGCAUUAGAAGACGGUCAGCUUUCAACCGUGGAGCGCGAGGAUGAGGAAUCUGUUCAGCCGGCGCCACCUUUUGUCAAUCAAUUCAACUAGGAUAUUUUCGGAAACCACAUAGUAUUUCUCCAGACCUCUAGGCCAUUGCUCAUCAAUCAAUUGCGUUUCUCGCCCUUAACUACACAAUACAUUCCAUAAAUUACAAAGGAUUCAAGAUAUUCCCCCUACUACUUAACUAUAAAACAUUUCCGCUUUAAUACCAGAAAUUAUAAUUGCAAGCUUGCCACACAAUAAACACAUACACACUAUAAACCCUCUGUAUUCUGGCGACAUAUCAUCCUAGUCAGUAAACCCAUCCGUUUUUUGGCGUCGAUGGUUCACAAAGUUCAGUUAAA